GAGAGGAAGGGACAUGAAACGAUGUUUACAUUUAACUCGACUUCUUCUUGUGCAGUUCUGUAGGUAAAAGUAGUGACUAGAAAAGAUGGCUUCCACAUCCGACUCGGACAAACCGUCAGUUUCUAAUGUGGAAGAAAACAGAACUCGCCUCUGCGAGGAAUUUGCUGCAGUAGCGGGAACUGACGUCGCUGUGGCUCAGUGCUACCUGGCUGAAAAUGAAUGGGAGAUGGAGAGAGCUUUGAACUCAUUCUUUGAGGCUGACAUGGAGAGAGUAUUUGAAGUAGAAGAUUCUCCAGAGAGAGAGACUGGCCUCAAAACAAAAAGGCAGAAGAUUGAGGAAAAGCCUGCAGGAGACUGUAUAGAUUUGACUGAAGACAGCCCGGCCUCCACACGCAAACCCCCGGAAGAAGAUGACGCUAAACUGUCACUGAUCUCCUGGAACGUGGAUGGACUUGAUACAGACAACCUUGCAGAACGUGCCAGAGGCCUGUGCUCCUUCAUAGUCUUAUACACUCCAGAUGUGGUGUUCCUACAGGAGCUCAUUCCACCGUACGUGCAGUACCUGAAGAAACGGGCUGUCAGCUACUUAAUCUUGGAAGGUGGUGAAGAAGGUUACUUCACAGGGAUGAUGCUGAAGAAGUCACGAGUCAAAUUCCUGGAGAGCGAGAUAGUAACGUACCCCACCACUCAAAUGAUGAGGAAUCUGCUCGUAGCUCAGGUGGACUUCAAAGGUCAGAAGCUGUGUCUGAUGACGUCCCACCUGGAGAGCUGUAAAGGCCACGCAGGGGAGCGGAUGAAACAGCUGCAAGUGGUGAUGCAGAGGAUGAGAGAGGCCCCGAAUGAUGUCACGGUCCUGUUUGGAGGGGACACGAACCUGAGGGACCCCGAGGUGGCCAAGGUGGGUCUGCCCCCCAGUGUCUGCGAUGUAUGGGAGCAACUGGGAAAGCAGGAGCACUGCCGCUACACAUGGGACACCAAAAGCAACAGCAACAAGACUGUUCCUUUUGUCAGUCGCUGCCGCUUUGACCGGAUCUACUUCCGCCCGGCCACCAAGGAUGGCGUCCCACGCCUGGCCCCUGACCACAUGGCCCUGGUGGGACUGGAGAAGCUGGAUUGUGGACGCUACACGAGUGAUCACUGGGGAAUCUACUGUAGCUUCUCUGCUGGGUAGAAAUGCUCAAAACAAUAUAAAACGCGCCAAUGAAAUGUUUUAAUUUAGAUCAGCUGGUCUAGUUUGUUUUGUAUGUUUUACAUUUAGAGUGUAGACCUCUUCAGGUCUGGGUUCAGAACACGUUAACAAUUUCCCUGUGAAAGAAAAUGUUCUGACCUCAUCUGAGGCUGCUCCAUGUGAAUCUUGAUUUCUUAAGAUUUACCUUCUAAUGUGUCUCGUUGUGUGUCUGUCUUAUUAGAGUCUCUGCUCAAGCUGUAUUUCAAAAUAAAGUCUACAUUCACA